GCACUCGCGAGCGGUGGACUGCCUAGACGCGCCAGGUGUAACCCGGUCACGUUGUUGCCUCUGAUACGCUUCCCCCGACCUCCGCCACUUUGCUUCUGCUACUCCUGCUGCUGCUACUGAUGGCUCACACGGGCGGAGCUUCUAUGACUUGAGAUUAAUAUACUGUCAUAAAAGUUACUCUGGGUAUAUGGAUACAAAAAAGUAGUCGGUUGCUGUUUACUAGAUCUUAACUGUAAGGAAGAGUGGUAGUGCCUCUUUUGUAAACUGCACUACAAACUAUUACUCAAGUUUCGGUUAAUGUUUUUAUGUCUGCAUUAUGCAAUAAACGUCCGCUAGUGAUUACAAAUAGAGGCACAACAUUGCUGCAGGAGGCGUUGCGAGUUUGAAGGUAUAUCAGAGAGGAAGAACUGAAAAGUAUCGUACGAGAGAGACAGACAACAACCUGCAGGGACAGCUCAGCCCUCUCCCCCUACCUCGCGCAAGGAAAACUCAUCUGACGAUGCUCCUGUCCGCCAUCCUACCCUUCCUCCUAGUGGCGGUGGUACCUCCUCCUUCUUCCUUAGCCAUCCUGCUCCCUCCUGAAGGCAACGACUACCCUCUGUACGACUUCCCCUCCGUACAGUAUCUCCCACACAACUCCCUGGUCGAGUACCAGGACCCGCGUCUUGACGACGACCAGAGAAUGGAAGUUGCCACGAGGUCCACCUACCUCCCUGUCCCUAAUUCAGAUUCCUCCUCCUCUUCAUCAUCAUCCUCGUCUAUAUAUCCACAGUCGUCAUCCUCCUCCUCUUCUCCUUCUCUCACAUGUACUGCAGAAGACAUAGCAAGUAUACUAAACAUGGAGGACUUGGACAAAGUGAUAAGGAUUGUGUCGAAGCUGGAGGGGAAGAGCGUUAAGGAGAUCCUACUCAAGCUGGCUAUCAAGCACGGCCUACACCUCAAGGAUAAGGAAAUACACCACCAGAAGAAGCCUCUGCUAGACUUUGCGGCUGGUCGUGUGGGGUCGUUGCCGCCCCCUUCCCCGGACGCGCUACGCAACUUUCAGUUCCAGGGGGUGGCUGCGUCCCCCCAGGGCCCACUCCUGCACCUCCGACGCCCCCCCAACGGCCUGGACACACCCCUUGGCGGCCGCUGGCAACCCCUCGGUGAAGACGAGCAAUUGUUUGACCCAUUGGCCAUAGAGGUACCGGCCGUCUCGCCACGUGGGCUGCCCGUGUCAUCGCUGCCACGGGCGCUGCUUGUUGUGGUGGACGCCUCCAGAAGUGAAGUGGCACGAACCCCGGUUGACCUGGGACCCCGCAUGGCCCUCCUUGAUGUCCUGAAAGAGGCCAAGUCAGUCUACGCUCUCAAAAAUGGCCCUUAUCUGCAAAACCCCUUCGCUAUCAAAGCGCGGCGGAUGCAGUCAGAGAUGUGUCUUGGACUACAGUCUGUGGGCCACGUGAAGGCCUCGCCCACCUCGGCCAUCUUCAUCUCGGUUACCAGGACACGACCUCUAGAAGAGGUGGUGUGGGACUCCACCUGUCUGCCUCGCGCCUCUGAGCUCCUGGUGCGCUCAGGCGACGUUAUCAUCCUGUCACCACGUUGAUUCACCCCGCUGCCUGACGCAAGACUCAACACACCCAGCCGUGGGAGGGGUACUAAGGGAAACCUGAUAUAUCUAGGCCAUCGAGGGUAAAACACUCCAGUGGAUAUGAUUAUUUUUAUCCUGUUGUAUCAUACAUUAAGUGUUCCCCUUACAGGAUAGACUGAUGAUGAUGACUCGAGCAUUUUGGUCUGUAAUUUGACACACUGUUUACUUCCAGGUUUUGUAAAUUGUAUGACAAAUUAUAUCAUGCUUAACAGUGA